AAUAUCUUAGCGUGUUGUGUUAACAAGCAAUACUGAUUGCUAAAAAAAACUCACCAUAAUUAAGAAAAUGGUAUUUCAAUUGUUCUUGAAAACCUAAAUUUUCAUAAACAUUGAUCAUUGAUCACACCUGAAGUCCAAUUGAUCAACUUUUAGUUAUAAAAGUGGAAUAAUAUGUUCAGGGUUGAGUUUACACUAGUUUUUUUGUUUUUAAGCAGUGCCGUGUGUCAAGAUCUCGUAUCACCGUGUCCUGAGUGGUUCACAUAUGAAGCCAGAAAGCCCAAUGAGCCAGAUCGAAUUUAUGGUGUCCUUAAUCUUCUCUCAGAUUCUGAUUACAAUGGAAUAUGGCUUCGGGUAAUAUUUGAUAAACCUGCUUUACAGCUAGGAAAUUGGUUUGGUAUAGUAAAGACUGAUGACAAUAUCAUGUUCAAAAUUCAAGCUCGAAACAAGAAGCUAGUAGCUAAUGUACCUACAAAGAUUCGCAUUUAUAUUAAGUACGACACCAGUCAACCACCUCCGAAGUUGGUGGAAAUUCGGCUUAAUGCCAAAACCGUUUGUCUUAAAAAAGAAGCGACGACCGAGGCUCCAGCAAGUAAUGACAUGUACUUCACAAGUCCUGAAUUGACAAUUUCAUUAAGUACUCAAACGCCUAUUGAAAACCCUAUUCAACGACCAUCUAGACCACAUUCAACACCUAAUGUACCUGUAAAUCUACCAGUCAACUAUAUUGACAAUUUGUACGCAAGCAAUGGAAGGCCUUCUAGUUCAGAAGACAACGAUUUCUUUAUGGGAGACUUUACCUUGUUGGGAAAACAAGGCAAACUCUCCCAUACGCAAUAUCUAAAAGAAGAAUGCGGAGUCGUCAUUAAACCUGUUCAACCUUUAAUAUCACAUGGAGAACCAACAAGGGAAGGAGAAUUUCCUUGGCAUGCAGCCCUCUAUUACACAAAAGGAACAGAUCUAACAUACAUAUGUGGCGCAACUCUUAUUAGCAAAUAUCAUUUGAUCACUGUAGCCCAUUGCGUAACAAAAUUGACAACACGAAAUGCUUUAUCUCCAACUAGUCUCAUUGUUUAUUUAGGUGAGUUUUUCUAUCGUAUCAAAGUAUAUUUUGCAUUUAUCUACAUAAUUUAA